UCUCCAUCCAAUGCCAUCUCGAGCUCGCAUCAGCUUGUUUACCAACCUUCCUCUUCGGUCUGAAAGACCUUACUUUGAAGCGAUGACCUUUACUCAGAGUACUGUGCAUGUGCAUUCUUGCCUCUAUUCCCAUCUGCCCGUAAGCAGAGAACUCAGCCCUCAGUCAGUUUGUAUACACGUGUAUGGACUUGCAUUCACAAACUAGAAACUCUCAUAAUGUGAAUAAUCACAUUGGCAAGUAACCUUGAAAGCUUUCCCGUCAGUUGUAAGGGCAGACAGUGUUGGCCAUUACAAGUAAGUUCUAUUUUAACUAGACUAGAUUAGUCUUCUCUGUCUCCCACCCAACCCCUCCCCAAAAAAAGCAUCACAGACUACAACUUCAUCUUUUUAAUUUUCUCCUCUGUUGCCUUGUAACCCUUAACGCUGUGCCUCACCACCACCACCGCUUAUUACCAUAACCGUGCUCAUAAUGCUGAGAAUUUCAUUACGCUUGUCUGUUGAAGUUAUGUUGGGUUUUAUGCGGUUUUUAUUAUCGUGUGUGGUUGACCGUAGGCCGUUGUUAAUAAUGGGCAAAGCGGCAGUUUAACACUGACACUCCAUUAACGGGUGCAUGCGCCACAGAGCACAGCCAGGAUAAUGUUAUUAAACUGAUUAUUCAAGCCCCCUGUACAGCUCAGCUCUGCAGCAGCAGCCUUCCUUUGUUUAGCAUUUUACAGACUCCUUGUAUUUCUUCUCCAACUCUACAAACUUCUGCUUGCUUUAUGUCUGAGGUCAACCCAAGGAAUGUGGAAGCAUCAGACAGGGAGACUAUAACCAAAACAGAAAGACUUAGGGGGGAAAGAAACAUGCUUCAUAGGGGGGAGAAAAAAUACAAUGUUGUGAAUUUAAAAUGCUCUCCUGAAUGUUAAAUGCCAGUGAGCACCAUUUCGUUUUGGCCUUUGAGUCAGUCAUGAGUAAAUCAUUCUGUGCUCCCUUGUGGAUUUUGGUCUUGGGGCUUCUGAUGUGUGGCCAAAAAAAAAAAAAAAGAGACACAAAAUUAUGUAUCAGGAAUUUCACACACUGGAGCUUUCCCUGAGGUACAAUGCUCUGGUCGGGAGAGAGGGAAGUGAAGUUUACAGUGACAUUUUGACCUUGACAGUGUCUCGAUGGAUAAAGCACCGGACAACAGCUUAGGUGCUGUGCAGUGCAUACAGAUUUCCUAAAAGUGUUUUGUCUGGUGCACGCAAGGUCCUGUCCGGAUAAGGAUGCAGAUCUGUACUGUGGCAUUAAAGCUAAAUAGCUCCUCACUUAUGUCCGCAGUUUGUCAAGUACCCUAGCUGCCCUUAGUGCACGCAAACCAAUAUCUAAAGGUGACUUAUACCAAACGUGACACCGCACUGACUAAUGCCUUACAGUGCCAGGCAUUUGUAACACUGUGUCAUUGACUACUGCUGUUCCCGUCACGGUCACUUGAGUUUGUAUGUGCAUUCUGCAUAUGUUGUGUCAAAUGGCUGAAAAUGAAGGAGUGGAGUUCGCAAGAGAAGCAGGUGUUUUCCCCUCAUUACUUCCUGACAAUGCCCCAUCUGGUGCGGGGGAGCUGCUGCCACAGACUCCCUGCCAACCCGGGAACAAACACUCGCAGAGAGGCUGACAGGGAAAAAUGGGAUGGGAUGGGAAUUGGGAAAUGAGUAGGGCAGAUAUUAUCCUCGCCAAACAACAAGGUUAAAACUUGUGUCGAGUAAUAAGAUCUCUCAGUGGAGAGACCCCGAAGCGGGGACCUUAAGAUCUAACACAGAUCCAUUAGUACAGGUUAGCUAAGGGGUAAGAGUUCAAAGCAACUUUAUGGGAGUCAAGAGUAGAAAUAUUAAUAUUAAUACAGACUGCCCAGGUGCUCUGGCUGCUUGAACUUUCCUGACUGUUCAAACUAAACUGACCAAAGUGUCUGGAGGACUUGUCAGAAGAGGCGGAAGCAGAUUUAAGACGUGUGACGUGCCAUCCCUGCAGUUACCUGAGAGGGGCGCCAAAGACACAGUUUCAAAAAGAUGCCUUCAAGCCGUGGAUGCUAUAAGUCCAUAGUAAACACUAGAUUAGAGGGGGGACAAAAAGAGAUGUGGAGAGAGAAACAAUUUUCAUAAUGGACCAGCGCUCUCUGACUGGAAAACACAAUUAUGGGCAAACUGUGGCCGCAGCAUGAGGGUAAAGUUAAAGAGCCCCUUUAGCACGACUUAAUAAGCCCUGACUACAGAUGAUCAGAAACACCGGCUCAUCCUUAGCCCAAGUUUUUGUUCCGAGCUAUUACCAUCAUUGUAAACGGUGAUUUAACAGCUUACACUCAGGUCUGUUUCUUGUUCUUCUUGAUGAGUCCUAUGCACAUUAAUUGGAUUCAAAGCAGCCUCUGCAACAGAAUUGAAUCUCAAACUACCCAGAGGCUACUGCUUGGACUGAUUUGGCACUGAGUUUCACGGAGUUUCUACCACCAAAUAGUCAAACGGUAAUUUCAAACGAAGUGCCAUCUUUCAAAUGAUCGCGUUUCUUAAGCUGCGUUUCCCUCCCUACAGUCAACUUUACAUUUUUUGCACCACUUGUCCCUAAAUUUGAACAAUAACAACCAUUCAUUUCCGUCAUCUUAAUCAGCGUGCCUUGCAUCUUUUAAGUCCUUGGGGUGGAAUUUGAAAUAAAUUGGUUAUUUGAGUCGGAAAAUUAAUGCUGGUUAUCAAUCACAUUUAGAGCGAAUUGAUUUCAAUUAACUGGAAGACGCAGCCCCUCUUGCCUCCCCGGCUCUCCUCCUGGAUAGCCCAUUUCUUUUUUUUAAACCCAGCCCCUUGCUCACAUCCGCACACCCCUCCACCUGCUCCUGCUCUCUGCAAUUGGCUAGAAAGACAUCCAGGACCGCCCAAUUGGCAAGCUUUACAAUAUAUUUACAAUGUAAAGUAACCAAGAAAAACCGGCCAAGCCGUCAUAUUCGGGGAUUCAGAGGGAGAGAAAGUGGGUGUGUAUGAGAGGGGAGCAUUACUAUGUAAAGACCUGCUAUUACGCUCGGAAAGCCUAACAAAGCACACAUUCGUUCACGCACAGUCGCACGCGCGCGCCCUGUCACACACACACACGCGCGCGCACACACACAUAGACGCUAAAGGCGCUGUCGGAGGGUGAACCUGCGGGUUCAUGUCACUCUGAUUUCUCAAAGGAAGAGGAAUAUUAAGAAAGAUAUCAGAGGGGAAUACCCGCGAUGGCUUUCGCGACCGUGUGGAACUACUGCGUCCCUCUAACCAUCGUAACAGUGGCUUGGCUGCUCAACACUGCCCAUUGUCAGGCAGUGCAAGCAGAGAAUGUAACAGUCUUGGAGGGGGGUACGGCUCAGAUCUCCUGCCGCCUGCAGAACUACGAUGGAUCAAUCGUGGUCAUCCAGAAUCCCCGCCGCCAGACUCUCUUCUUCAACGGCACGCGAGCCUUGAAGGACGACCGUUUCCAGAUGGUGCUCUUCACGCAACGGCUGGUUCGCAUCACACUGACCAACGUUAGCGUGUCCGAUGAGGGCGGAUACUUCUGCCAGCUCUACACGGAUUCCACGCACCACCAGGUGGCGACACUCUCGGUCUUGGUUCCCCCAGAGACACCCACAGUGGAGGUGAAGCAGGAGGCUGUGGAGGGCGGCGAGGCGGAACUCACCUGUGUGUCACCACGCAGCAAGCCGGCCGCCACCCUGCGAUGGAUGCGUAAAGGACGGGAGAUAGCAGGUGUGGUAUCCCUGCAGGACAAUGGGAAGACUUUCAGUGUGUCCAGCACCAUCCGCAUCCCGGUAGAAAGGAAAGACGAUGGGGCAGCUCUGAGUUGUGAGGCAUUCCACCCUGCACUUAAUGGGCAGAAGAGGAUUCGGCAUUAUCGCCUGGAUGUCUAUUUUGCACCUACAGUUCGAAUUGUUCCUCCUGCUGGCAUUUUGCGAGAGGGCGACUCGCUCACCCUCACCUGCUCUGUCACUGGGAAUCCUCUGCCCAGAAACACUCAGUGGUCCAAGAUUAAUGACACCUUACCUGAGAGGGCAGAGAUUUCUGGCACUACUCUUCAGAUUUCCCGUCUUAGCCAAUCACACAACGGGACAUACCUGUGCCAGGCCCAGAACGACUAUGGUCGUGCUGCUGAUCAUUACACGCUGUUGGUGUAUGAUAAUGUGUCUGUCACUACCAUGGUCCCUUCCACUCCUACUCCUACCACCCCACCAAUCACCUCCCAUUCUACCACCCCAACCCUCCUACCACCCACCUUGGCCCUGGAUCCAGAAGAUCCUGGUGCAGUGGUGGAGACUCACAGUGCAGUACCCUAUGCAGUGAUAGGUGGUGUUCUGGCGCUGCUGGUUUUCACUGUCAUCUGUGUCCUCAUUGUCACCAUCUGGUGCUCUGUCCGACAGAAAGGUUCCUAUCUUACCCAUGAGGCCAGUGGGUUGGAUGAACAUGGUGAAGUGCAAGAGGCCUUCCUCAAUGGGAACGACGCCAGCCAGGGCAAGAAGGAGUACCUACUGUAGCCCUUCUCCUUCCCUAUUCCCUUUUCUUCUGACCUCAUACCCUUUCCCCCUUCCUGUCCUUGUGUCCCACCUUAUAUACAGUAUACACACACACCCACACACACACACAAACACAAAAUACAAUGCGCCAUAAGAGGCAGCCUUCUGAAAACGACUGUAUACAGAUACCGCACACAGCCAAUCCAUCCUGUUCCAGUCCACUCCAUAUACAUCCUGUAAACAGACAUAAACUAGGAGACAGACUGAGAAAAGAGAGCCUCUAGACCCACCAGCCAUUAACGACUGUGCCAUAUACUGUAAGCUGGAGAAACUGGGGAAAAUAUAGGGAGUGAGAAAGGGAGAGAGGGUGAGGCCACAGAGUUAGGUGAAUGUAGACAAAAGCGAAAUGAUGCCAUAAUUAUUUUGAUUGAGAGGGAAACGGGGAGCACAAAGAAAACCGGCACUCUGCCUGUGCAGCCGCCAAAGUGGAAAGGGAAUUAGAGGCAGAUGACUGCUAUAAUUCCCCGCCUGGAGAAUAGAAGAAUCCAUUUCACAAAGCUCAAUUUUUUAACUGACGGAGACAGUGGGAGCACUGUGUGAGAAGGGAGAGAGGACAAAGGGGAGAGAGAGAGAGUUGACCAGGAGCUUCUGAGUGCUUGAUGCUUGAAAAUGGAUUUUUUUUUUUUUUAAUUGCCAAACCAUCUUGGCUACACAGCUUAGCUAAUAUAUAAUUCCCUAACAAAACUAAACUGAGUCCCAGGAAGUAUCCAUACUUUAUGAACAAACUAACUGUCCUGUUUUGCUAUCCUUGUUGGGUGGCCUGCCAAUUUGUAAAAAGAAAAAAAAAAGAAGCAUCUUUUAGUGUUAUUUUUCCCCUCUCACUGCGACAGUGGAGGAAAUGUGGUCCUCUUUUAAUUUGCUUUGCAUUCACCUGUUACAAUCCUCUCCCCUUACUCGUAUAUCUCUCGUUGUCUCUGUAUGUCUCUCCCUCUAUCACUUCUUCUUUGUUGGCUCCUAAUAAUGAAAGGAUUAGUAUUGGGCUGCGUUCCUGAGAAAGAAGAAAGGAAUAUGACUUGCUAAGGCAUUAAAGAAAAGUAUAAUUAUUUUAGAAUGUCAUUAAGAGGAUAAAAAGGUUUAAAACUCUUAAUAAGAGGGCCAAGAAGAAUCAGAGUGAAAGGACUGAACGAGAGAGUAAAAUAGAAGGCUUUUUUUCCCUGAAUGCUCAAACACAUAUGCAGAUACAUGCACACAUUCAUACGUACAGUAAAACACGUUGACAGUAUACAUAUCUCUGAAUUCCUUGUUUGUAUAAAAAAGAACUUCGACAUAAAUUAAAUUAAACUUUUAAGAAAUAAGAAAACAGUUUACUACUGAAACGCAUUAUGAGCAACUAUACUAACACAGAAUACUAGCCUAUAGAGGUGCAAAGCCGAACAAACUACUGUCCAGUGAUCUUUAAAGAAAAUGAAGAAAAGAAUAAAAAAAAAACAUUUGUCUUUAUGAGAAACCAGAGGUCUUAUUGAUUUUCUAUUAAUUAUUAUUAUUAUUUGAACAAUUAUGAUUGUUGUUACUGUUAUUAUUAUUGCCGUUGUUAUUAUUAUACUUGUAAAUGUUAAAGAAAUGUACACUUCCCAUGGUUUGUUUUGGUUCUACUGUAGAGAAAUUGCUGUCAUUUUUCACUCUUUUCCUCUUAUCUUUCCUCUCUUUCCCAGUCUUUCUCUCUCUUUGUCUCCUGUGCCUAGUUGUCUCUUCUCCUGUCUUUCACUCUUGUUGAUUUUACCGUCCAUGUGUCAUUGUUGAUAUAUAGCUAACUAUUUCUUUAUAGGGGAAAGAUACAAAGCACGACAAAAUAAAAAAAGAAUCCAAAAAUAA